AUGGUAUAUGGAUGGGGUCCUGUUGGUCAUAACAUUAUCGUACGUCUUGCUCAAAGUCAACUAAUUGAUUCAACAUCAGAAUGGAUUCGAUCACUUACAUCUUGGAAUUUCAAUGGAAAUUUAAGUGCAAUAGCAUCAUGGGCUGAUGAUAUACUUUAUCCAGAUACAAAUCCUACUGAUUAUCGUAAUUGGCAAUGGUCUCGAGAAUUACAUUAUGUAAUUAUACCCGAUUGGAGUUGUGAAUAUAAAGCAGAAAGAGAUUGUAUUGAUGAUAGAUGUAUAGUUGGUGCAAUAAAAAAUUAUACAAAACGUUUAGAAACUGAACUUGAUAAUAUACAACAAAAAGAAGCAUUCUAUUUUCUUAUUCAUUUUAUGGGUGAUAUUCAUCAACCGCUACAUGCAGGUUUUCGAAGUGAUCGUGGAGGAAAUAGUAUUCUAGGUUAUUUUAUGAAUGAAACAUCUCAAACAAAUCUUCAUACUUUAUGGGAUAGUGGUUUAAUAAUGAUGCGUCUUCAACGAGAUUUUCAACAGAAUAUUUCUCAUUAUUAUGAUCAUAUUUAUCAAUUAAUGCUGAAUCAAUCAUCAUUGAAUGAUGAUGACAAUAAUAUUGAACAAUGGAUAAAACAAAAUAUAAACUUACUGUGUACACAACUUUAUUUCGAUGAACAUAAUGCAACUAUGAAUUCAUCAGUUAAUUUUAAUCUAGGAGAAAUUUAUUAUCAAAAAAAUAUACCAAUUAUGGAACAAAAUCUUGCUCAUGGAGGUCGACGACUUGCUGCACUUCUUAAUCGAUUAGCAAAAAAUCGUUCACAAAAACCAUCGAAUAAUAAAGAAAAAUUUUAUCCUAGUACAAUGGCUCUUAUUAUUGUACUAUGUGUCGAACGUGUAUUAGCUAUUGCUAAGAGUAUUAUCAUAUAA